CCGCAAUAACUAUACAGAGCGUUCAAUCUCAAUGUCAAACAUAGUUCUAAUUAAUUGGAGCCAAAAGCCGAUUAAAUUUUUAAAUGAAUACUAUAAGAAUCACGAAUAUGCUCCUGGCUGUUUAUGGUCGAUUCUUGUUAUCGGUCUACAAGCUAAGAAUAAAGAUUCCCAAAACUUGAUCAUGGAAUUCCUAAUGACACUAUCUCGAUUCAAUUUAGAGCAAGUUGAUAUUCUAAUCUCUGCAUUUAAUAUUUUAUGGCUGGAUCCAUCGCAAUCGGACGUUGCUAAAUCAAUGCUCAAGUCAAACAUAGGCUUUGUUCUUUGACAAAUGUUUAUAAUGUUUCAAAUAUUCAACUAUAAAAAUAUAUACUUUCACGAA